AUGGCUCUGAAGUUCUUGGCUUUUGCAACGCUGGCUGCUGCACACAAGCCGAUCUUUGAUUACACAUUGGCCGCCAACUGCCCUAUCUGCCGGCAGUAUGGGAACAGCACCAUUAAGGAGAUCUACAGCACUCCUGGUGUUCAAGAAGGGGUACACUUCCAGAUUCACAUGGGCAUCCGCAAAGGACAUGAUGGCCAGUAUGAAUGCGUAUUGGAAGAGCCCGGCUGCCCCAUGACACGAUAUUUCCUCUGUGCACAGCACGUGGCCAACAGCACGGGCACCGACAUCAUGAGGUUCAUGAAUUGCUUCAACGAGAACCCUAUCGUUGAGCCGGAGGACAAGGGCGCUCUUGUCUCUCGAACACAUCAGUGCAGCACCUUGGCUAACAUUGAAGUUCCCAAGGUGGAAUCUUGCAACACUGAGCUGGGUGAUCAGCUUCUUGCAGAGGCGGAGAGCUACUUCGUCAACAGGUUUCCCGAGUUCUCCAAGCCGGGGCCCGGCCCAUACGGGGUUCCUCACGUCUUCAUCAAUGGCGUGCAGGUGGGGCCCCAUGGGUACGCGCGCCUCUCCAACUACAGCAACACUAUGAAACUCCUAUGUGACGCCGGGCUCCAUUCCGACGUUUGCGGCCAUGAAGUGAUGGUCUGA